ACGGGGCAGCUCGUUCAUAUCUCGUGUUGUGUAGAGACUGAAAGGCAGAAAGGCAGAAAGGCGACAUGGACACCGACAACCGGCUGCUACGGGUCUGUUGGAGCGGGACAGCCGACUGUUUUCUGUGACUUUCUGUCAGUUCCCACGGCGCAGGAAUAGAGCUGUAGAUAUUAUAUCAGAGAGCCAUUGUGUGUGUGUGUGUUAUUGUCGGCGGCUCCUGGCUCAGCUCAGCCGCACAUCUCCAGCCUCGUUAGCAGGUUAGCAGGUCAACAUUGUGUGCCUACAUCGACGCUAAGCUAGCAGGGCUGCUAGCUUGGCCGGUUUGUUUGCCGGGAGCUGGUGUGUAGGUGAUGUUGUCCGUGCUGUCGUACGGUAGACUGGUUGCCAGAGCUGUCAUCGGCGGACUUUCUCAGACAGACAGCCGCGACUACAGCCUGGUGACAGCGAGCUGCGGCUUCGGCAAGGAUUUCCGUAAAGGUAUCCUGAAGAAAGGGAUGUGCUAUGGGGACGACGCGUGCUUCAUCGCCCGACACAGAUCCGCGGAUGUUUUGGGUGUAGCAGAUGGAGUAGGUGGCUGGCGGGACUAUGGAGUGGACCCAUCACAGUUUUCAGGAACACUGAUGAAGACAUGUGAGAGGCUGGUGAAGGAAGGACGCUUUGUUCCCAGCAACCCCGUGGGAGUCCUCACGACGAGCUACUACGAGCUGCUCCAGAACAAAGUGCCACUACUGGGUAGCAGCACGGCUUGCAUUGUGGUUUUGGACCGACAGAGUCACCGGUUGCACACAGCCAAUCUGGGAGACUCAGGCUUCCUGGUGGUUCGGGGAGGGGAGGUGGUCCACCGCUCAGACGAGCAGCAGCACUACUUCAACACACCCUUCCAGCUGUCCAUCGCUCCCCCGGGGGCCGAAGGGGCCGUCCUCAGUGACAGCCCUGACGCAGCAGACAGCUCUUCCUUCGAUGUCCAGCUGGGUGACAUCAUCCUCACUGCCACCGAUGGGCUCUUCGACAACAUGCCCGACUACAUGAUCCUGCAGGAGCUGAAGAAACUCAAGAACACAAACUAUGAGAGCAUCCAGCAGACUGCCCGCAGCAUCGCAGAGCAGGCCCACGUACUGGCGUAUGACCCCAACUACAUGUCGCCUUUUGCACAGUUUGCCUGUGACAAUGGACUGAAUGUAAGAGGAGGAAAGCCAGAUGACAUCACAGUGCUGCUGUCCAUAGUGGCAGAAUACACAGACUAGAGUCUGUGUGGCCCUGUGACAGGGGGGCGUCUGCCUCUGCAGGUGAUGGACUGCUUUGAUUCCUGCUGGCCAGGAUGAAGGACUGAUGUCAGAUGCUUCCCCUGCAUGCACUAGCUCUACUCUGCCCCUCAGUUGACCAUCAAUCUCUCCUCCACCCUGAAAAGACUCCUACAUGCCCACUUCUCUGUGAUUAUGUACAUCAGAGAGGGGCUGAAUAAAGAGAACUAGAGUUCUGAAACAUCUUCUUGGCCAUGCUGCAGCGUUGGCAUCUUUGCAGUGUCCCAGUGCUCGCUGGAUAAUCCCAUUGGCCGGGAUAAGCAGUCAUUGGGCACAUUGGAGAUGAGGAUCGUGUCUGACGAGGAUAAGUCGUCUUUCUCUGUUGGCUGAUUUGGGCAGGGAGGAGGUUGAGAUUCAGAGACAGAGGCAGAUGUAGCCAGACGGUAGGUGUUAAGACUGUUAAAGCGGCCCCACACUGGGCUGCUGGAAGGGAAAGAUACAGUGCAUCAGUAGUGUCGAGAAGGGAACUGCACAGGAAAUGGCGGCAUUAGGGCUCAAUAAAUGGGCUGCACUGUGCAAGCGGAUGUUCCUAAUGAUACAGUGGUAGUUAGAAAACCUUUUACCAAAGGGUCUGGAACUGUGUAUGUGGGUGCGGAAAGCAUAAAUUUGAUAAUAGGAUAUGACCGAUGUGCUGUUCUGGGAGGUUUUGUUAAAUGCAAAAAAGUGAGUGUAUGUGACAUUUCUACAUAUCUGUGGUUUCUUGGCAGGGUAAUCCAAAAGAUUUAAUGAAGAAGAGCGGCAGCUGCCUUUUCAAUGCCAGUGCAAUUCAAGUUUUGCACACAUUCUGUUACUUCGUGUCUAUUAGGAUGAGGAUUUUAUAGCUCAGAAACCUCUAUAAACUGAUGCUGCCCUCCCUUUAAUCUCACAGCUGCUGCUGCUCAAGUCUCUUGCGAUUACAUGUGAUGUGUCUGUGAACAUGUGUAAGUGUGAUGAAUGCACUCUUGUGCUCGUCAGGGUGUUUGGUCUGUAACUGGUGUCUGAAACGGAUGUGAAGGUUACAGACUACUCCAUAUCCACUGGGCUGAAUUGGUCUCGCAGUCUUAAACGCACAAAGCUUAAGAAGCAUAUCUGAAAAAGCUCAACACAGUGGAAGUUGGUCACGUGACAAAAUGUAUUUUUGUAACUCUUUGUUCAGUGGGAUUGUUGAAUUCUUUGGACUGAUCACAGAAUCAGAGUAGCUUUAGAAAUUUGUUCUCAAUCAGCGUUUCCUUUGCUCCUUUCUCCCCCUCCUGCUGUAGGGCUCCAAUGGCACAUUCAGAAGUCAGGUCACUGCAGGUUUCAUUUGAAAAAUGCUCAUUAGGUUUCCAGUACAUCACUACAGAUUUGCACUUUGCAUUUAGUUUUACCCAUAGUUAAAAAUAUUUCUUAGUAAAGUCUGUAUUUUGUGUAAUGUUAUGAUAAUGUGCCUUGUAUCAGGUGUUGUUGAUACUGGCAGAUGUCCAUAAUUCCUUUAACCCCCCCCAUGUGCCAGGUACUGACACAUACUGUUAAGUAGCCAUAAGAGUCAAAACAGCUUUCCUAUCAUGCCCUGCCGUCUUAACACCAGGUCUUUUCACCUACAGUGUUCAACCCUUUUCCUCCUGAAAUGUGCUUCUCUGCACUCAGUCAGGAGCUUAUGAAUAGUGAUAAAGCCAUCACACGCUUACAGAAUCCUCCCUGUGGAUCUUAAGAUCACUGUUUACAAUCUAAUGGACUGUUUCCCUACUUAAUCUGACCAGUUCACACUGGAAGACUGCAGUGUCAGGAGUCAUUUUGACAUGGGGCUGGUGGGCAUGGCAGAGCAGUGAGCACUGAGGACAAUCUAAACAGCCUUAAUAUCACGAAGCAAUCCUCCCAGUCAGACGGUACUGCCACUGUUAGCUUUGUGGUUCCUGCUUCCUGACUCAUAUCUGUCCUGACACACUUUCCUGUCGUCUCAUCUUCCUUUUCCAAACACUUUGUUACAACCAGAGCAUGUGUCUCUCUCUAUAUAUAUAUUUUGGGUGUACAGUUCAAUGCAGAUAAGCUCUAAGCUCUGUAAAAAAAACAUUUUCAAAUCUGUACAAUAUUUAAAUAAAGAGUAUAGUAUUUAUUA